AACCUCACACUUGAUAAACAAAUCAAAAAAACAUGUACUUCCCUAAAAUUCCCCUAGGCCUUCUGAUUUUCCUAACACUAGCCACCAUUUAUCAUCACUCUAAUGCCCAAAACUCACCCACAGAUUUCCUCAAUUCACACAACACAACUCGUGCAAAUGUCUUUUCCAAUGGAGCCAUGACAUGGAGCACCACCUUGGCCAACUAUGCAUUGAACUAUGCUAAUGCCAGAGCCGGGGCCUGCAAUCUCGUGCCCUCCGGUGGCUCGUACGGGGAGAACAUAGCUACUGGUGCAUCUCCUUCAUUUACUGGUGUUGCGGCGGUCAACUUGUGGGUGAGUCAGAACGCUUACUAUAAUUAUGCAGCAAACACUUGUGCCUCGGGUCAUGUUUGUACUUCUUACACUCAGGUGGUCUGGGCCAACUCUGUGCAACUCGGGUGCGCCAGGGUUUUGUGUACUAAUAACGUCAACUAUAUUGUUGUUUGUAGCUAUUCUGUUAAAGGCAAUGUUGCCGGGGAAUGGCCUUACUAGAUCUAGGACUACUUAGAACUUCACGUACUGUUUGAAAAAUGACCUAGAGAGCAUUUUGAGCGUGAUGAAAUAAAUUGAUUUCAGUUCCUGUUUGAAA